UCUUCGACUUUUUUGGUUUGAUUUUUCUCUUUUUUCUUCUUCCUCUUUAUAAUAUCUAAAGUUCUUGAAUAUGUCUGACAACGAACACGAACACAACUUCGAACAAGCCGAAUCUGGUGCCUCUACCACCUUCCCCAUGCAAUGUUCUGCUUUGAGAAAGAACGGCCACGUUGUCAUCAAGGGUAGACCUUGUAAGAUUGUUGAUAUGUCUACUUCCAAGACUGGUAAGCACGGUCACGCCAAGGUCCACUUGGUCGGUAUUGAUAUCUUCACUGGCAAGAAAUACGAAGAUCUUUGCCCUUCCACUCACAACAUGGAUGUCCCCAACGUCACUCGUCAAGAUUACGCUCUUAUUAACAUUGAUGAUGGUUAUCUUAACUUGAUGUUGCAAGAUGGUUCUACCAAGGACGAUGUUAAGCUCCCUGAAGGUGAACUCGGUGAAGAAUUGGAAGCCGAUUUUGAUGAGGGUAAGGAGCUCAUCGUUUCCGUUGUCUCUGCUAUGGGUGAAGAACACGCCUUGUCUUUCAAGGAAGCCCCCAAGGCUUAAAUAAUUUAAACUAUGUUUGCCAGUUUAUUUUGUUUUCUCUCCAACUCUGCUUUCACAUAAAGAGUAACCAUGCUUUUUUUUUUGUUCAGAAAGACUUUUUUUAUUCUACAACUAAAAAUUGAUUCUUUUUGUGAUCCUAUCACCAUUUAUUUAUCAUUAAAAAUUUCAAACUUUUGUGUAUAAAA